CACCGACGCCUCCGACGCUCCACCGACGCCUCCGACGCUCCUGACGCCCCUCCCACGGUCCCGACGCCUCCGACGCUCCCGAUGCCUCUGAUGCCCCCGAUCCUAAGCUCCUGACGCCUCCGACGUCCCUCCGACACCUCCGAUGCUCCCAACACCUCCGAUGCCCCCGACGCCCCUCCGACGCCUCCGAUGCCCCCGACGCCCCUCCGACGCCCCCGUUUCACUCCCUCCCUCCCUCCUUCCCGGACCCGCCGCGCCCCACUCCAGCCCGCCUAUGCUCUGGCCGCCUCUGCCAGGCUUCUCUCCUUGCUCCACCACCGCGGCCUGAGGAAGGAUAGAGGGAUGGACAAAUGGACGACGGAGGAAUGGCCACGCUGGGCCAUCCCAAAUGAUAAUGUGCAGAGGGUUACUAUGGAAACCCAACAGUGCCAGAGGGAAUCUGUGUACCAUGCAACUGCAGCAGCAAUGCUGAUACCUUGGAGGCUGGCCACUGUGACUCUGUCACCGGGGAAUGUCUGAAGUGCUUGUGGAACACAAAUGGUGCCCAUUGUGAAAGGUGUGCAGAUAGCUUCUAUGGAGAUGCUGUGACUGCCAAAAAUUGCUGAGCCUGUAACUGCCAUGAAAAUGGCUCCCUUUCUGGCGUGUGCCAUCUGGAGACUGGGCUGUGUUGAUUGCAAACCUCAAGUGACAGGCCAGCAGUGUGACCAGUGCCUGCCUGGCUAUUAUGGGCUGGACACAGGGCGUGGCUGUGUGCCCUGUAACUACAGUGUGGAGGGUUGCACAUCAGACAACUGCACAAAGAAUGGCCAAUGUUCCUGUGUGCCAGGUGUUGGUGGGAAAACAUGCGACAGGUGUUCACACGGUCUCUAUGGGUACCAGGAUGGUGGCUGUACACCCUGCGACUGCGCACAUACUCAGAAUAACUGUGACCCCGAUUCUGGAGAGUGCCUCUGCCCUCCUCAUACCCAGGGUCUGAAGUGUGAGGAGUGUAAAGAGGGGUACUGGAACCUGGACCCAGAGCGGGGGUGCCAGGCUUGCAACUGCAGCAUUGCUGGCUCCACAGGUCCCCAGUGUGACGUUCUCUCUGGCCAGUGCCAUUGCAAAGAAGGGUUUGGUGGACAGAACUGCGAUCAGUGCUCCUUGGGUUACAGGAGGUUUCCUGACUGUGUUCCCUGUGACUGUGACCCGAGGGGCACACUGGCCGACACCUGUGACCUGGAACAGGGUCUCUGCAGCUGCACAGAGGACAGUGGUACAUGCUCCUGCAAGAUAAUGCUUGCCUUUGAUGAGCUCCUCCUGCAUGUGGUUUCCCAGAGCAACCUCAAGGGCACAGUUGAAGGCGUGCAUUUCCAGGACCCUGACACCUUGCUGGAUGCAGAGGCUGUCCUCCAGCAUGUCCAUGGGGAGCCAUUUUACUGGCGGCUUCCAAAACAGUUUGAGGGAGACGAGGACUGUGCUCCUGGGUACCACAGAGGGAAGCUCCCAGAAAGCUGUGGCUGGGGACCCCGCCCUCUGCUGGCUCCUUGUGUGCCCUGCAGUUGCAACAACCACAGCGAUGUCUGUGACCUGGAAACUGGGCAGUGUCUGGAACCUGCUGGUGGCAUUCUGUGA